AUGGGGGAUUCUCAACUGAUCAUGGGGCAAGUGAAUGGGACGUAUGAAGCGAAGGAAGAAAGAAUGAAGAAAUACCUUGGUAGAGUGAUGCGCCUUGUGAAAAGGUUUGAAAAAGCUGACUUCGUUCAAAUCCCAAGGGAGGAGAACGUGGAAGCUGAUACUAUAGCAAAAGAGGCCUCAGCAGAUGAAUCAUUAGAGAAGUCAGAUGAAGUUCAAUAUAUGCCAAGUAUCGAUGUCCAGGAAGUACAGCAGGUGGAUAACAGAGAAAGUUGGAUGACUCCCAUUGUAUCAUACUUGAAGGAUGGACGAUUACCAGAAGAGAAAGACGAGGCCAGAAAGGUGAGGGUGAGAUCAGCUAGAUACGUCCUUAUGAAUGAAGUGCUAUAUAAGAGAGGUUUCUCUCAACCUUACCUUAGAUGCUUAACUCCGGACGAAGCAAACUACGUGCUGAGAGAAGUUCAUGAAGGGGCAUGUGGCAAUCACUCAGGAGCCAGAUCACUUGUCCACAAGGUCGUCCGUGCAGGGUAUUACUGGCCGCACAUGCAAGCUGAUGCUAAAGCAUACGUUAAGGUCUGCGACCAAUGCCAGCGAUUUAGCAACGUCCCCAGACAACCAUCGGAAUACCUCACCCCAAUGGUGGCACCGUGGCCCUUUGCACAAUGGGAACUAGACAUUUUGGGUCCCUUCCCUUUGGGAAUAAGGCAGAUGAAGUUUCUAGUGGUGGGCAUCGAUUACUUCACCAAAUGGGUGGAGGCAGAAUCGUUGGCAAAUAUCACACAGCAGAAUGUGAAAAACUUCGUCUGGAAGAACAUUGUAUGCAGAUUUGGAGUGCCAAAGGGAAUAUGGCCAAAUGAAUUACCAGGAGUUUUAUGGGCAUACAAGACCACAGUGAGGACCCCUACAAGGGAGACCCCUUUCAAGUUAGCCUAUGGAAGCGAUGCAGUCAUACCUGCAGAAGUACAUAUGGCUAAUCACAGGGUGAUGAUGUAUCAAGACAAGGAUAAUGAGGACCAGCUUCGUCUGAACCUCGAUCUAAUAGACGAGGUAAGGGCAAACGCAGAACACAGGGCAACAAAGUAUAAGAACCUCAUGGCUAGGCAGUAUGAUGCGAUGGUGAAGUCUAGGCGUUUCAAUAUAGGAGAUCUCGUCCUGAGAAAGUUUGAAACUAUGAUUUACUUUUUAUAG